CAGAUAUGGGUGUGUCCCACACUAAUCUUCAUUUGUUAAUAUUGUUAUUAAUUGUGAAGUAGACAAGUAUUUGUAUACUUGUUAUUUAACAUGUUCACCACAGUCCAUUUCCUUGCUUAGAAUCUAUAAUUGGAUUAAUUAUGACCAUUUAAUCUGUGUACAACUGGUAUUUUUUAUAAGUUUCCACUUGUAUGAUUUCUUUAUAUUGUUAUGAUCUUAUUAGCUUGAUGUAAAAAUGUUGAUGAGUAGUAUUCAAAGUCGCAUGGUCUUGAGCUUAUUUCGCUAGACUGUACGCCAAUUUUAGGUUUCAAUGUACGUGAUUCUGAGUGACUAGUUUCUUCCGGUUUUCUGCCUGAUAGGUUGUUGACUAAACGUUCCAAAACUUCAUUUUCCGAUAGAAAAUGUAAUGGCAGCACAAACUUAUAUCGUACAUUAGGUACAAUAGGAGAGUUCAUUGAUAAAUAUAACUUGUAGACCUCAGAAGCAAAAUUAAUGACAUCCAUAAUGAGCUAUUUUUACGGAUUAUCUAUCACAUGAUGAUUCUAUUGCAGAAAACUUUAGAGAUAGUGAUAAAUAAUAAGUAAGCAACUAUAUAUCUUUAACUGACAGAAAAUGACUGUACAAUAAUCAGUAAUUUAAAUAGGAUUGAGAUCUAGGUGAAAACCACAUUUUCUUAACACCCAAUUGAUCUCUGUACUGAUGAUAAGACUGUCAAUCCCUUACGUCUGUCGGUCAUCAUCGAUACGUUUUAUUGUCUUUAUUUUCCCUAAUAUAUCAGCAUGAAGAGAAUAUUCUAUAAACUAAACUAUUGUUCCUAAGUAGCAGUAUUAUUAAUAUUCAGAAGUUCUUAUAUCUCAUAUAAGUACUUUUCUAAAUAAGGUGAUUCAUUGGUAGUUAAUUAAUUAAUUACCAAUUCCAUAAAGCUUUUGCUCCAGCUUACGCUACGUAUUGUUCGUUUUCUCAACAAAAGUGUUGAUAAUUGCACAAUAACUACUGUUCAUAAAAAUAUAUCCCCAGCAGUAUGGGCAGUUGAAUAAUAUGCCUACAAACAUUUAGGUUUUUAUGAAAUAAUUUAUCACAGAAAGCCAAAACAAAAUGAUCGCUUGAAAGUAACCGACCAACCACAUUGAAGUAGUUAACAAUAUUUAAAACCUUCAGGCAACAUUUUCACUAAAUAAUAGGACAACUUUGUUUACACCAUGAUACUAUGAGACCAAUAAUAACCUAUAUAGUAAGUGUCUCUCAUAAUAAUUUUGUCAUACAAACUUCAUAGCGACGGAAAGUUUAGCUAUGAAUAUGUAAAGUUUUCAUUUCGAUCCCAGAAUCUUCUAUGAGAGAGCGAGAAUUCUCAAGCUAAGUAAGAUUAUCCGUCCUGUUUAUUUUAAAAUCAUUAAUUUUUCUUGAAACAGUAGUUGUUUAUUCAUGAAAAAACAAGUAACCUAUCACUAUAAUAGUAAUAACCAAUGUGUACUAUAGAAAUUAACGGUUUAAUAUAAGUUUCCUGACUUUUAUUCUCAUACUGUGAUAAAAACUUGAAUACCAUCAGUGUUGAAUACAGAAACUGGAUUUGUUUCGGGCGAUAAUCGGACAACCUUACAUGGUUGAAAAUAAAUUUUAUUAGCUAAAUGUUUUUGUGGAUAUAUAAAUAUGAUAUACAACCAAGUCCUUCCUUGGAUCAAGAGACUUGAAGCAAUUUAAAGUAAAUCUGAAAUGUAAACACUUUUUCGUUUGAUUCAUAGUAGUUCGACAGAUUUUGUAGAGUCAUUAUAAAUGCGUGUUUCACUUCUUACAAUUUUUCUCCAUCAAAGUGCAAAGUAAUUCUAUUUUCUUUUCAGUUCCAGAUUGACAGUGUAAAACAUAACAGAAAUCGCGAAGAAGUAACAUCGUUCUGGAAAACAUUAAUUAUCAAGUGGAUAGGGUUUAGAGUCAGAAUUAUUCUAUUCCUUCUCUUAUUUUUGCCUAACUUGGACUUUAAUAAUGAAAUUUUUUGAAUAUCUUCAAUAUAAAUGCUAUUAUUGUUCAGUCUGUAUGACAUUCAUACGUAAUCCUGUUUCAUAAAUGUCAACAGGGUUUUCUGAGAAUCCACUUAGUGAUAAUGACAUUGUAGAAUCUAGUCAUUCACUUAUUGAAGAAACUGAUUUCACUCAGCAGUCAACAUUAACACCGUUAGAAGACAAAACAAUACAACAAUCAACUCCCCCUCACUCAUCAUCGCCAAUACUACAACCAAUAGCAACAAUACUAACUGACACACAAGCAGAAACUCAAAAACCGGAAGAAACCCAACCUAUUCAACCAGAGUUUACUGAGAUAAUAACAGACAGGAAUAAAUCAGAGCAGUGUGUUGAGUUAAACUCCCCAACUAAUUUUGUGUCGAAAGAAUCCAGUCCAGAUAGAGAAAACUGUGGUAACAAUAUGACAAAUCAAGAUGACAGAUUAAAUAUAUCACCUAAUUGGAUACCUGAGCAACACUAUAAUGUUUUUACAUGUUCUACUACGACGCCAAGUUCCCAAUCGGUUUUACGGCUGAAGCAAUAUUAUACGAGUUUAGAGGAGUCAACAAAACCUUGUGAAACUAAACUUACUGAAACGAACAAUAAUAAUGGAAAUAGUCGUAAUGGAAGAUCACUUCGCAAAUUAAGACGUAAUACAUUUGACAGAUCAUCACACCGAUCAAACUCAAAAAAUAAUGGAGAACAAGCUGAUCACAUCGACAACUUCAGUCCAUUUAAAGAUGAAAAGGUAAAUACAUCUGUAGAAGAAAUGUGUAAAUUAUUUGAAUCUGGUCGCUUUACCGAUCAUAAUAAAAAACACACGGUAGCUGAAACAGUAGUGACAUCAAAAGAACAAAAUGAAAAGUCGAAUGAUUUAAAUAAUUCUAAAUCAUUUAAACUGAUCAAAUCACUUCCUGAAAAUAACGUCGAAUUUCAUUCGCGUCCACCAAAGUUUCGGACUCCUAGUCCUAAACCUUUUAAUCUACCGACACCACCUCCACUACCUCUACCACCAGCCAUGGAAUCCGUCAACAAAUCUUAUGAAAUUAAUGGUGUUACUAACAAUAAUAUACGUAGUACAAAUAAAGUAAGGAAUAAAAUGAAAUGUAAAAAUAAAAAUUAUUCAUCCUGUUGGAAUCAACCUGCUAAGCCAAUAUUAUCAAUGAGUUUACCGUAUCGCUCACGAUCUUUGGCGAUUGACAGGAAAUCUGACGUAACUCAUGGUAACAGAGGAGGUUCGUUAUCUCGUUAUCGUGCUUGUUCAAUUACCCAGCGAUCACUAUCACCAUUACCCAAUACAUUAUCCUUUAAGGAUGAUCAGGCUGAUAAGGCAGCUAUAAGUAAUUUUUCAAAAUCUUCAGAUCUAAAAUGUUCAAGAUACAAUAAUUUUAUUGGCACUAAUACUAAGAAUACAGAGUUUGGAAAACAGGAAUCCCCUCACUCUACAGUUCAUUGUAAUGUCUGUAAUGUAAAGCCUGAUCAAAUUGUCUGUAUGAAUCCUUCGUCUACCGACGGUGUGUAUGUUAGAUCUGCUGUAGUCUAUGAGCGUGUAAAUGGAAAACCUCUCUCGAAGGAGCCCAAAAACUUUAUUACGACGUAUGUAGUAUCUAAGUGGCCAAGUCCAAGUCAAGCAACUCUUCAGGCUACAAAUUUAUGGGUUGCAGAACAGUCUCUGCAACAGUAUGACCAGAGGUUGGCUACACCUUUCAGAACACAAGCGUUAUCAAAACUCAAUACUACAGCUCAACCUAGUGAGUCGAAAGAAAUCCAGUUUUAUCAUAGUAGUCCGGUCGAUAAUCUAGCCAAACCAAAAAAAAAUACUAUACAGCAAAAAGAUCGGAGUUUGGUAGUUCAGCCAAGAAUUAAAUUUGAUCAGCAUGAUCAUACACGUACAUUCACUCAUACUAGGAAUAGAUCUUUGUCUCCACAACCGUUACCCACUCCACCUUCAACUGAAUUACACCCACAUAUAUUACGUUGCACUAGUGGUCAGUGCAGUCCAUCCCAUCAAAGUCGUAUAUCUCAAUCUUUCUUGGAUAAAUCCAAUAAUCUAGAUAAAGUGCAACGAUCAACAUAUCACAGACCUUAUUUAAGUCGUUCGUGGUCAGUAAAAUCAUUAUCCCCACCACCACCUUUCCGAAGUCAGUGGCUUAGUUCUAUGAGUGCAUCAAGAAGCAGACAGAAAAUAUUUGAUAAAUUUCACAGUUUAACACGUGAUAGGUAUCCCAGAAACAACACAGAAUCAUUUUGUAAACAUCAUAGAGGUCGGGAAUCAAACCGAGUAAUAAACUGCACCAAACACAGAAGUUGUAUUGAGUCGUACCGCAGGGAAAGCGCAAGACGUUUACGAAACCAUGAAAAAAAGGAAUGGGUAAAACGAGCAGAAGAAAUCAGUGAUGAUAGACAAAAAUACCAUGAACUUAGAGGGAGUUGGUCGCCACCAGUUAUGCGAAGUCCACCAAGUGCAACACCAAAUAAUAUGGAGGAACGUACGGAAAAAGAAAUUCAGAGAUACAUAAGACAGCAGUCUCCCCCAGCUCGGUCCCCACGUGUUGCGAUUCCUAGGUAUUCAUCUUAUUAUCCACAAGAAUAUGUCAAAUCGUUAGAUAAAGGCAUACAGUGUGACAGUGUUGAAGCAGGAGGAUGUGCAUGUCAAGCAGUAGAUAAGUUUGCUGAUGACUGCAUAGACACUACCCCAAUCUCAGAAGAUUUUGAUAAAAAACGUGCAUAUUUUGAAGAGUUGAUCAAAAUAAAUAGAAAUUUAGCCCAGUGUUCAUUUUGUUCUGACUGUUAUCACUGUUCACCUGGACAAACACCAAAGAUAAGCGCCUAUUCAAGCUGGGAUUCUGAAAUCAAUAAUUUGAACAGUCAGAACAAUUCAUUCAUAAAACGAGAUUUCUACUCUAAAGACCAGCCAAGUCACUACCAAUACCAACGUCAUCAACAAGAGAACCAGUACGGAAAACAACGACAUAUUAGCCAUUGUCAAAAGCUUAACAAAAAUUCAGCUUAUAAUUUUCAUGAGUACAGUCAUAAUCCGUAUCCUGGUACGAAACACCAUUAUAACACUUACGGUACCAAUAAUAAUAAUCACCACUUUACUCUAGGUGAACCUCAACAGUAUGCUUCCAAUACAUAUUUACCUUUCGAAAAUCCGGCCUUUGUAGAUUAUGAUACGAAUUAUUCCCAUUUAGGUAAAACUUUAAUGGACCAGCCCACCGUUAACUCGAUAAAACAUGACUAUUACGCAAAGGCUAUUAACGCUAUGCCUAAAGUUGCCCCAAACCCACCUACAUACAGUAAUAAUAAUGAUAAUAGUAACUUUUACAACUAUCAAGAACCCUAUGAAUCAUUUGUCAGAUAUCGAAAUAUUUCUCCAUUACGUAUAGAACUAGAAGAUUCACCAAACCCCAUAUCACCAUAUAAUAAUCAGUUUACGACUCAGCGCCCCUACAAAAUUCGGAAAACAAUUCAUUCACCACCGUGCAGAUUUUCCACUUAUACAGCAAACGAAAAUUACAACUUAUCAAAUUACCAAGAACAUCAAAAACAACGAGGUGAAUCUUUAGAAAGUUUACAUUGUGAACAGAAUGACUAUGUAGAUGAUCAGCCAAAAUUUUAUGGCAGGGUAAAACAAAUUGUUCAAGCACUUGAUAAACAAGCUGCAGAGUACAAUUCACGUAUUGAUUCAGUUGAAUCAAUAACUAGUCCUGAUAGACAUCAACCCUUAAGACGCAGUCACAGCGAUCGUUUCUCUUAUCUUAUGCCAAGAACAUCAUGGUAACCUAAAAAAAACGUGGAAUAAUUUGUUUUAUUGUCACAAUGUAGAAUAACGCUAAUUAUUAAGAAUGUUUCAUUGAAUGAAUUAACCUCAAAAAAGAACAUAAAUUUUCCUCCGUAUACGUUAUUAUUAUUCUUAUUUAACCUUUAAUAUUUUCUAACUUAAUAUUAUUUAAGAAUGACAAUGCUUAAUAAUAAUAAUUCAGGAAUUCUCUAACUGUUUACAUUAAUUUUAUGUUGAUUGUUUAGUGUUUACUAUUUAAUAUUUUUUAUUAGUUUUAAUUAAUCAAUAAUUGGAAAGUUAUUCAGCGAUAUUUUGUUCUAUAACUGAGAACAAUCUAUUUGAUCCCUAAAAGGAAAUAGUUUAUUAGCAACCAAUAACAAUUAAGCUAUGGAGAAAGCGCUGAUAAUUUUAAUAUGCAUUUAAUAAUUAUUAAAUUUGUUGACUAAUUUUCUUUAUUCACUUUUUUUGGUGUUGCUUUACUGAUAAAAGUCUUUCUAGUUAUUGCCUUUGUUUUUCUUAAAACAAAACAAAAGAAAAAGUACAACAUUCAUAGAAAAUUGAGAACCGCAAUAGAUGUAGAACUAUACAUCAAACUGUUAUCUCAGUAUCCAAAACUAACUACUAAAUUUUAACUUAGAUACAAGAUAUAUUCCAGCAGCUAUGGGUCUUUUACUUUCGUAUAUGUAAACUAAAAUAUCUGUAUUUAGUAAAGACUUAAUGUACCUGCUUAAGCCUAAAAUCAAUAUUAGGUAUUAUAUAGUUUAAAGAAUAAAUUCAAUACCAGCACUUGGUCUCUAUUCACUAUCAUGUUAAGAAUGGUAUUAGUUGAUUACAAUUAUAGAAUAUUUUCAAGUUAGAUUACGUCAUCUGUAAGAGCAUCUUCUCGAACCAAUAUGUUAUGACACAUUUAUAAUUCACAAAGAAAUGUCUGUAAAUUC